AAUACCUUUGCCUAGACAAACAUAGUUCAUCAUCACACCAAUCACAUUAAUUGUAAUAAUCGCACUUCUUCACAAAUUAAACCAGAUACGUUAAUUACUCACAAUCAAACAGAAAAAAAUAAUGGAAAGUAUUCAGCAGAUUAGGGAUGCCCAAAGAGCUGUUGGUCCUGCCUGUAUUUUGGGGAUAGGAAAGGCACAUCCUCCCAAUUAUAUUUUUCAAAAAGAUUACCCUGAUUAUUACUUUAGGGUCACCAAUAGUGAGCACAAAGUUGAGCUGAAGGAAAAAUUCAAGCGCAUUUGUGAAAAAACAAUGAUAACCAAACGACACUUUUACUUAACUGAAGAAAUCCUCAAGGCGAAUCCAAGUAUGCUAACCUAUGGAGAACCAUCUCACGAUGCUCGUCGUGCAAUGACAAUUGAAUAUGUACCCAAAUUAGGUGUUGAAGCUGCCGAAGGGGCCCUCAAAGAAUGGGGUCAACCAAAAUCAAAGAUCACCCACCUCAUUGUUUAUACCACACUAGCUUUGUCAAUGCCUGGCACAGACUAUGAGAUCGCCAAACUCCUUAAACUCGAUCCCUCCGUUCAUCGAAUGGUUCUUUACUUGGUGGGUUGUCAUGCCGGCCCCCAUAUCCUCAAACACGCGAAGGAUAUCGUGGAGAACAAUAAGGGGGCUCGCGUUCUUGUGGUGUGCUCGGAGAUCACGGCUGUCAAUUUUCAUGGUCCUUCAGAAAAUCAUAUUGACUCACUAGUUGGACAAGCUUUGUUUGGCGAUGGGGCCGCAGCUGUUGUCGUGGGUGCAGAUCCAGAUUUGUCGAUUGAAAGACCGCUCUUCCAACUCGUACAUGCCAUACAAGCUACUAUUCCUGAUACUGCUGGUCCAGCAUCCGAGAUUAUUGAAAUGGGUCAAACAUUCCAUCUCCGAAGGGAUCUUCCAUUUUUUGUUUCCAAAAAUGUGGAAGAAUGUCUAGUUAAAGCUUUUAAACCAAUUGGAAUUAGUGAUUGGAACAAGUUGUUUUGGAUUGCCCAUAAUGGAGGCCCUGCAGUACUUGAUCAAACCGAAGCUGAGCUCGGGCUAAACAAGGAUAAACUCGAGGUGACUAGGCAUGUCUUGAGCGAGUAUGGGAAUAUGGCUAGUGUCGGAGUCAUAAUAAUGAUGGAUGAAAUGAGGAAAAAGGCACUUAAAGAAGGAAAGGCUACAACUGGUUUAGGGUUAGAUUGGGGUGUCAUGUUUGGGUUCGGGCCUGGUAUGACUAUUGAGACUCUUGUCUUGCGUAGUGUGGCUUUGGAAGCAUAAACUUAACUCAUAUAGCUUGAAGGUCAUGCAUGCAAUCAGUAUUACUUUAUAAGGUUGAUUACUUCAUAUGUUUUCUUUAUAAAUUUGUUUCGUAAUAUGUAUUUCCAUUUACGUUAAUUGUUUAGAAUUAUAAGAGAGAAAAUAAAACAAUUCAUCUAUUUGUUUUAAAUUGUCAACUUUCAAAACAUCAUGUAUCUUUUUUACCUUGCUUAUAUGUUGUUAUAAUAAAACAAGCAUAUGAAUCAUUUUAA